GCAUUUCUUAAAGAGUUUAAUCAGUAAAACCAAGGCCGACAACUUCCUUUUCUUCCGGUUGAGGCGACCUGAUCGCAAAGAUCAGCUAUGAAGCUCAACAUCUCAUAUCCAGCCACUGGCUGUCAAAAACUGAUUGAAGUCGAUGAUGAAAAGAAACUGCGUCCAUUCUACGAAAAGAGGAUGGCAUCAGAAGUGCCAGCUGACAGUCUUGGAGAUGAAUGGAAGGGGUAUGUUCUGAGAAUUGCUGGAGGCAAUGACAAACAGGGAUUUCCCAUGAAACAGGGAAUUCUUACCAACGUCCGUGUGAGAUUGCUUCUCAGUAAAGGACAUUCCUGCUUCCGCCCCAGACGCACUGGAGAGCGUCGUAGAAAGUCCGUCAGAGGAUGUAUUGUAGACUCCAACCUUAGUGUUUUGGCUAUGGUCAUCGUCAAAAAAGGUGAGAAGGACAUCCCUGGCCUGACUGACACCACCAUUCCCCGUCGUCUGGGACCCAAGAGAGCCAGCAAAAUCAGGAAGCUGUUCAAUCUAUCCAAGGAAGAUGACGUUCGUCAGUACGUCGUCAGGAGGCCUCUCCCACAAAAGGAGGGUAAGAAGGCCAAGACAAAGGCCCCCAAAAUCCAGAGACUGGUCACACCAGUUGUUCUGCAGAGAAAGAGACACAGACUGGCCCUGAAAAAGAAGAGGCACGCUAAGCGCAGGGAAGAUGCUGCCGAGUACGCCAAAAUCUUGGCACAGAGACUAAAGGAGGCAAAGGAGAGAAAGAGGAGUAGGUCCAACAGCAGGACCUCAAUGUCCGCCUCAACAUCUAAGUGAGGAUGUUAUUUAAGAAAUUAAAAAAAUGACAAACCAAA